AUGCUUGUUCCACUGGGACGUGUUCGUCAUAGUAUUGAUAUAUUACAAAAAAAUAUUUAUGAAUAUCACCAUGGAUCAAGUUUAUCUUUAUCAACAAAUUCAAUUCGAUAUCCAUCAGCAAACAACAGUAAACCUCGACGUUGUCCACAUUUAAUACAAUUAAUUGAAGAUUCAUGUACAAUAAUUCAAGCAAUAUUUGUUCGUUUUAUAUUUAUACUUUCGACUGUGGUUGCCGUUUGGCGUCUUGUUGAAGAAACUAAACAAGUUUAUUAUUGGUAUUUGCUUUUAUUACUUAUCUUUCUUUUAAUUGAAUCUUAUGUUAUGAUUAUUCACCGAAAAGGUUAUGAAUAUAAAUGGUUUUGUUCAUCGGCAUUUGCUUAUCUGAUUGCGAUUGUACCUUGCAUAUGGUUAUUAGAAUUAAAUCAUAGUCUUCAUGUAUCAUUAUUGUCAAAUGGAACAAAAAUCUCAUUAGGUAUUCGACGUCGAUUUCAAUUGACAACGUCGUCUAAUGGAUUUUCGGAUAAUUUUGAUGCUGACGAUAGUAAUUCAAAAGAAAAUUCUAUCAUACAUGAGCAUGUUUUUGCUAGUCAAAAGAACAACGUUACUUCAACAGAAUUAACAACAACAAAAACACAGGAUUUAAUUUUAAAAAAAUUAUUGCAACGACCACAAGAAUUUAUAUUAAAAUUGAAUACACAUUUAUCAAGAGAAGAAUGGCAUAUGAUUAUCGAACAAAUGACCUUACUCGUGCUUAUUCUCAGCCGGUGGUUAUUGCCAAAAGGUGAACUGACUCGUGAAGAACUAUCACAAUUAUUACUAGUUUAUAUUGGUAUUGCUGCUGAUAUAAUUGAAUUUUUUGAAGUGUUCAAAGAGAAAAGUGUUCGAACAAACUCAACAUUAAGUAUUUUGGUUCUUCUUCUUUGGACAUUAAGUCUAUUACAAUUUUGUCUUGCAUUUACUAUAUCACGCGGUCGAAAAACUCGUCUUGUGCUAAAAACAAAACAAGAAAAACGAUAUGUUUGUAGUCCGUCGGAUUUUUGGGGAAUGUUAAUAUCAUUAUUUCUUCAAGAUAUACCAUUUUUUUCAUUUCGAGCCGUACUUAUAUUUCAUUAUCAUAUUUUUUCAUAUUCGACAGUAUUUUUUACAUCAAAAAAUGGCCUAAUUAUUAUACUUCAAUGGUAUCGCAUAACAGUGAUUUUAGCAACAACAAUAUCCGAAGAACGUCGACAUCACCGACAUAAUCAUAAAAAAUUAAUUCCAAUAAUUGAAACAAAUCCUAAUAACAGAACAAUCAAUAAAAAUGAGGAUCUUUCCGAACAAGAAGAGAGCACUUAUAAUGUUUAA